AUGGCUAUCACACGAUACAACCAACAUCCAGACAUUUUUCUCACCAUGACUGCAAAUCGUAAUUGGCCAGAAAUUACUUCAGCAUUAUUACCGCACCAAAAACCUAUUGAUCGUCUUGAUUUAAUUGCCUGUGUUUUUGAGUUAAAGAGAAAGUGCUUUAUGAAGGAGAUAGAAGCAAAUCGAGUGUUUGGUAAUAAAGUUGCGCAUGUUUUUAUAAUUGAAUUCAAAAAACGAGGCCUUCCUCAUAUCUAUGCACUUCUAUUUCUUAAGGGUCUAGACAAAAUUUGGACAUGUGCUCAAGUAGACAAAUUGGUUUGUGCAGAAUUUCUAGAUCCAAAUGAUGAACUUAUGUUUUUUGAAACUAUUAAGUGUUGUAUGGUACAUGGACCAUGUGGUGCUCGAAAUCCACAAGCACCAUAUAUGGAAAAUGGUAAAUGCACUGAGAGAUACCCUCGAACGUUCGUAGAAACAAUUACCAUGGAUCAAGAUGGAUAUCUUAUCUAUCGUUGUCGCAAUAAUGGUCAACUUCAUAUUGUGAUAGGGAAAUAA